AUGGAGAUUCGGGUUCCAGGGGUAGAGGGAGAAGCCACUCCCGCUCUGGUCUUGUUGCUCGCAAGCACGUUGCUCGUAAGCAUGGAGAUUCGGGCUCUCGAGGACGUGGCCGCAGUCGCUCCCGUUCGGGCCUCGUUGCUCGCAAGCAUGGAGACUCCGGGUCCCGUGGACGAGGCAGAAGCCACUCCCGCUCUGGUUUGGUUGCACGCAAGCAUGGUGAUUCUGGCUCUCGAGGACGUGGACGUAGUCGCUCCCGAUCAGGCCUUGUUGCCCGCAAGCAUGGUGACUCUGGCUCUCGUGGACGUGGGCGCUCCCGGUCUUCUUGAGCUCGGAAAAUAA